AUGUCUCAUACUCAGUCCGAAGCAUGCUGCAACACCCCGGCGGUAGUCAGCACAGGAUACCAUGAAAAGGGUCAAUGGAUCACCGUUGAUGGCUUGAAAACUUACGCCACUGGCCCUUCUUCUGUAAGCCAAGGCAUACUUGUUGUCUACGACAUCUUCGGCUUCUUUGCACAGACACUGCAGGGCGCCGACAUCCUCGCCCACUCGGACAAGGACCACCAAUAUAGAGUCUUCAUGCCGGACUUCUUCGAAGGGGAACCCGCCGACAUCUCGUGGUACCCUCCCAAGACCGAGGAGCACGGCAGGAAACUGGGCGAGUUCUUCCAGACCAAGGCAGCCCCGCCCAAGACGGUCGCACGGGUCAAGAGCGUCAUGGACGAACUCAAGUCGGCCAACCCAGGCAUCAAGGAAUGGGGUGUAGUUGGGUAUUGUUGGGGCGGGAAGGCAAGUAUUCCCAUUCACAUUGUCAAUUUGGUCUCGGGGUCCAACACGGUCUUCAAGGCCGCGGCAGCGUGUCACCCGGCCAUGGUCGAUCCCAACGACGCACCCAACGUGACCAUCCCCAUGUGCAUGAUCCCCAGCAAGGACGAGGACGAGUCGGCCGUGUCACAGUACGAGUCGAAGUUGACGGUCCCCAAACAAAUCGAGUGGUACAAGGACCAGAUCCACGGCUUCAUGGCCGCUCGAGCUGACUUGGAGGAUGAGAAGGUCAGGGCGGCGUACGAAAAGGCUUAUCGGACUUUACUCGGUUUCUUCCACAAGUAUCUAUGA